AGCGCGGAACAGCCGCCAUGGCGACCACAUAUGAGAGCUACACCCAGGAAUCAAGCCAGCAUGUAAUGCACAUGCGCUCAUGGACUCAGACUACCAAGUCAGGCGUGCAGGUAUGCACCAGUGCAUACGGUAGUCGGCAUACCGUGACACGACACACGUGCUGUCCUGAUGAAGCAUCCUAUCCAAUCCCUGAUGGUGCAUGUCAUACACUUGAAGUCUUCAUCCUUUCAGAGUAGGUUGCUUGCUUGAUUUCAGUAGUUGCAAUUGCGUGUUUGCAUUGUACGUGGGUCCUGACUUCUGACAUUCGAAUGGGAACAAAGCAUGUUCUCGAUGAAUUGAUGGCUUGAAACCACAAUAUAUUAAACACAAUAUGUUCCAGUGCAGCUUAAGAUUUAGUUUAGGGUUUUAUGAGUUUCGAACAUUUAUCAGUUUGGCGCGCAGAGUGCUGAAGUCGGCUCAGAAACCAUUGCAAUCGCUUCGGCAUAUGAGCAAAUCGGAGACACUCUUCAGACGGCGACAAACAUUGUUCGGCAACUUGCAAUUCCAAUUGAAACCAGAUUGGAUACCGAGCUUGGAAUCGUGAUUGGCGAAAGAACACCUUUGAUUCCUACAAAGAAAAGAAUCUCAAUGACCCCACCACCGCCAUCGCCUUCUUUCACCAGGCCGCCUUUGUAUGGGAUCGGAAUCAAAGUUUCGAAUUCCAUCCCGCACACAAUUUUGGAGAUUGUUGAUGUCCGAGAUGAGAACGGAAAGGACAUCAACCGAGUAUUGGAGAGGGGCGAUAUCCUGGAGAGUAUCAAUCAGAUGCCGGCUGACAUCACCAUUGAUGACCUUGAG